GUCAAAAAAGUUGUUAAAAAGUAUUGUCAAAAUAUCAUUCUCUUUUAUAAAUAACUCCACAAGUUUUGUGCGAAGGAUCCACACGUGUGAGAGGAGGAGCUGGUGUGAAGUGGAUUGAUGCAAGAAAGAAAGAAAAUAAGAAUUCAUUGGAACUGAUAACUUCCAUUGUUGUGAGCAUAGGAAGAAGAAGAAGAAGAAGAAAUGGAAGAGAAAGUGAGUGGUGGUAAUCAUGUGUUAGUGGUUCCAUACCCAAGCCAAGGCCACAUAAACCCGAUGCUACAAUUCAGCAAACGCUUGUGUUCGAAAGGACUGAGAGUGACCAUGCUCACAACCAUCUUCAUUUCCAACUCCAUGCAUCUUCAAUCUUCAUCCUUGUUAGGCUCCGUUCAACUUGAUUUCAUAUCAGACGGCUAUGACGAAGGUGGUUUUGCUGAAGCUGCUUCUAUAGAAAGCUAUUUGUCUCGCAUGCAAGAAGUGGGGUCUAAAAGCUUGAGGGAACUUAUCAACAAAUACAAUUCUUCUGAUAAGCCUAUAGAUUGUGUGGUGUAUGACCCUUUGCUGAUAUGGGUGUUGGAUGUAGCCAAGGAAUUUCGGUUAUUAGGAGCUGCUUUUUUCACUCAAAUGUGUGCUGUCAAUUUCAUAUAUUACCAUGUCUACCAUGGACUUCUCAAGGUUCCUAUUUUAUCACCAAUCUCUGUUCCAGGGCUUCCUUUGCUUCAUCCCAGAGAUGCACCACCUUUUGUUUGUGAUCCUGCCUUCUAUCCAGCAUACUUUCAUUUGGUUAUUAAUCAGUUUUCUAACAUUCACAAAGCAGAUCUACUUCUUGUCAACUCCUUCUACAAGCUAGAGGACCAGGUGGUGGAUUCGAUGUCAAAGGUAUUUCCAGUAUUGACAAUUGGGCCAACAGUUCCAUCAUUUCACUUGGACAAGGCAAUCCCAGAUGACACAGACAACGUUCUCAAUCUGUUUGAGUUAGACACAUCACCGAUUACAUGGCUCAAACAAAAGCCUCCAGAGUCAGUUAUCUACAUAUCAUUUGGCAGCAUGGUCUGCUUCAGCUCACACCAGAUGGAGGAAAUUGCAUUUGCACUAAUGGCAACUGGUUUCAACUUCUUGUGGGUCAUCCCUGAUUUCAAUACAAAGAAUCUCUCAAAGGAAAUGGGGAAGAAAAUCGAUGCAUGUGGAAGGGGUUUGAUAGUUAAUUGGGCACCCCAAUUGGAAGUUCUGUCAAACCAUGCUGUUGGUUGCUUUUUUACACACUGUGGAUGGAAUUCAACUCUUGAAGCAUUGUGCUUGGGAGUGCCAAUGGUUGCUCUCCCACAAUGGACUGAUCAACCCACCGAUGCAAAAUUUGUUGAGGAUGUAUGGAAAGUGGGAAUCAGACUGAAAGAAGAUGAGAAUGGGAUUGUGACAAGAGAAGAGAUUCAGAAUUCCAUUAGGGUUGUUAUGGAGAAGGAGCUUGGAAGAGAAAUGAGGAGUAAUGCUAAGAAAUGGAAGGAAUUGGCUAUUGAAGCAGUCACUCAAGGUGGCACUUCAGAUCACAACAUCAAUCUAUUCAUUAAGCAUCUCAAAAAAUCUUAAACUUUCACUUGAUAAGGUCUUCAUCUCGAUCCAUUACGCAGCCUCUCCAUUCCCCCACCUCUCCAUCUCAGCUUAGGUCAUUGUAGCUACAAGCCUCCAUCUUCAUUCAUCGAGGUCGCCAUUUUCAUCUCCAUCGAUGUCAUUGAAGUUUUCUACUCCACCUUCUUUUUUUCUAACACCUGUAGGAGAGGGAUUAUUUUCUCUAACAAGCACUGCCACCACCAUCCAACGCCACUGUUGUCCAUUGUAACGCUGUUGUUUUCACCAUCAUGUAAAGUUUUCCACCAUCAUACAACAUUUUCCACCAUUGUACAACGUUUUUCACCACAUGUUUGACAUGAAUCUUAAUAAGUUUUGCCCCAAAAUUUUAUCAACACCGUUGUUUGGAAUGUGUUCAUCCUUCUAGUGUAGUAAAAAUGAAAGAAAGAAGAAGGAGAGGGAGAGUGGGGAAGAAGAUGAACUAGAUUGCAAUAUUUAUCAACAUAUUUUUUGACAAAUUUAUUGACAACAAUUUUAUAAUGGAUUUUAACUAUCAAUAUUUAUAUUUUACCGACGGAUUUUAUGUAUUACUGACAGAUUUGGACCGUCUGUAAUAUCAAUUUUACUUGUUUAACAUACUUCCAUAUCAAAUUCAAGAAACCCCAAUUG